CGCGACGCGAGACGGUCUGUGGACUGUGGUGAUGGUGAAUGUUCGGUGCGUUGUGCACUCUGUGCAGUGAGCUGAGUGAGCAGUCUAUUCAGUCUACUGGCUCAGUCCAUUGGGAGGAGUCGCGAGAAUAUGAGGUUCAUUCUAUCGCUCGUGAUCCUCUUCGGAGCGUGCGCGUGUCACGCUGACGACGACGAGCUCGAGAUCGGGAUCAAUGAGAUCGAUGGCGGCGAAUCGGUGCCACGUGAGACGCAACACGCGCGCAACACCACGCUCGCCGAGAUCUUCGAGAACGCGGUCCAGGCCUAUCUCGAGGAAGAUUGGGACGGCUGCGUCGCGGGAUUUAACGAUGCUCUGCAUGGAUAUAAAGUAUAUAAACGAAUGGUGACAAUUUGCCGGCGAAAAUGUAAGGCCGAGGUGGCAGGUUCCUCGCCAGUCUUCGCGGAAGAUAUCGAGGAUAUGCACUUUUACGAGAAAAAAGUGAGGGAGACGCUUUGUUUAAUGAAAUGUAAUCAAGAUUAUCGAGAAAUCGCAGGUGCGGGGGCGCUUAAACGACUCCUACACGCCACGGAGAGGAAAUUUGUCGACCUUGCCAUCUACGAGUAUCUCCAUAUCUGUUAUUUUCAGAAAAAAAGAUAUCAAGAUGCGGCGGACGCAGCUUUCACCUUUCUGUCCCAGCAUCCCGAUCACGAGAUGACUAGGAAGAACCUGAAAUACUACUUGAGUAUGCCUGAUGUGGCCGCGGAAAAGGUCAUGAAUUUGGAGGCGGCGCCCUUUGUGCGAAAGUACUUCCGAGGGAUUCAGGCAUAUGAAGAUGAGAACUACGCGGAAGCUGUGGCCGAAUUUGAAAGUUCGCUCGAAUCUUACAUAGAAUCCGAAGAGGAAUGUAGAAUCUAUUGUGAGGGCCCCUUCGAUCAAGGAUGGUAUCCUGAGUUUACUUCUUCGAUAGCAAACCACUUUGCGUACUGUCUGAAGUGCAAACGUGGAUGUUCGCUUGCGUUGAACAACGUGAACGGCAAUUUUCAGAAUGAUUUGCUCAGAAGUCAUUAUAAUUACCUGCAAUUCGCUUAUUAUAAACUGGGUAAUUUGAAAGCAGCUUGUGCAGCAGUAGCGAGUUACUUGUUAUUUUUACCUGCCGACGAGACAAUGCUUCAUAAUAAGGACUAUUAUAGCCUUCAACCAAAAGUAAAAGAAGAGUAUUUCACGCCAAGGGAGGAAGCGCUUUCGUAUGUGAAACGGCAAGAAUACGAGCUGAUGCUGCUGCAUUAUAUAUCGAAGGAGUUCGCGGAAAUCGACGCCAGAUUUAGCGCGUUCACCAAGAAGACAAACGAUAAGAAGAAGACUGACGAGAAGGAAUUAGGAAAGGAUUCUUUCUUGACGCCAAUCUUGCAUCCGCCUCCAGGUCACUCGCCAUCCAUCCGGAUACGACUUGUGGGUAAUUUGUCAGCGUUCCGGGACAAGGAGGAGACAGAGAUACGAGAAGAUCACAUCAUGGAGCGGUUAAAAGUCACGGACGACGCGCGAUUGAUAGCAGCGGAAGACGAGCUCGGUGGAAAAAACCGCUACGCGGCCGACGGUUUCCUCAAUUCUACCGAUUGCAAUCUGCUCAUGCGACUUGCCCAGAUCGCCGUGGAGGGAGAUGGCUACGAAGAAAAUAAAAGUCCGCAUUCGCCUUACGAGCGUUUCGAGGGUGUGACCGUUGGCAGAAUAGCCUUGAUGGUCUACUUCGGUCUGACGAAGCCGGAAUUGCUGAGGCUAUUUCUGCAACGCACGGAAGCAGCUCGCAAUCAUGUGGAAAGGUAUUUCGACCUUGAUCGACCAUUGUAUUUCACCUACACCCAUUUGGUCUGCCGAACUGCCUUACCCGACUCGCCGGCGAAUCGAACUGAUCUUAGUCACGAGAUUCAUGCUGAUAACUGCGUGGUAAAAGACGAAGGUUUCUGCUUGCGAGAAGAUUCCGCGUAUACUUGGCGGGACUACUCGGCGAUUCUAUAUCUCAAUGAUGACUUUGACGGUGGCGAGUUCUUCUUCGCCGAGGAUUGGAAGAGACGCCGCGUCCAGGGCAUCGUUCGGCCCCGGUGCGGACGUAUGGUGGCUUUCUCCGCCGGUGGUGAGAAUCUUCACGGCGUUCGGGGUGUACGUAGCGGCAGGAGGUGCGCAGUGGCGUUGUGGUUCACUCAGGACGAAAAAUACCUGGAGUACGAAAGGGUGGUGGCAGAUAGCGUGUUACAGAGAGUCCGCAUUUUAGGUACCGUGCAACGCGAGGAUACCCAAAUACCGCUGAGAUAUGAAGACACGCUGAUCCAAUGUUUCAAAGAAGAUAAGACGUUGAGGCACAUUCUGAGGGAAUUCGUGCGAGAAGGCAGCAAAAAGUGGUAAUAUUAAUAGAAAUUUACACAAAAUAUGAGCACCGUUUUACCUGCAUUUUCAUUUGAAUCAGAAUACACAUACGUUCAAGUGUUGAAGCAAGAAGAAGGGAAGAAAAGAAGAAUAUGGCAGAUGCAAUUCAAAUUAACUGAACUGAUCAAUUCGUGACUUACAAAGACAGAUGGAAGUGAUUUAUAGUUUGAUAGAUGAAAGUCUAAAAAAUAGCACAUAUUCCUUCAUGAAUGGCUGGACCAUGAAGCUGAUGAUUCAAGAGUUAUCUAAUCGUAUUUUAUAACGAUAAAUUAUAGAUCUAUAAUUAGUCCGAAACGUAUCAUGUUAGUAUAAAUCAGCCGGACAGUCUGUUUAAAGAAACAGACGAGCAUAGGUGGUUAAUCCCACUCUUAUUCGACGAGUAGUCCCCAAUUUUUUAUUUAUACAAGUCCAUUAUGGGAACGUGCAACGAUGAUGUGGGAUUUGUCUCACCAAUCUUGCUGCGUUCAAUUUAAUCAAGUUUCUAGUCUGCACGUACAAUACAAUGCAUAGACUUACAUCGCAUACCUCGCACACACGCCCCGUACGUAGUCAGUUAUCUCUAAAUUAUUUUGCUAAUUAAUAUUAUUUUACGUAGCAAAGUAUGUGUAUAAGCGUUGUCGUCGCAAUUGCACCAACUGCAACAACUGUUUAUAGAAAAUAUCCUAAAUCUUUAUUAGAACAUGGACAUAUUACAUGUCAACAAGUUUACAUAACCGCUCGCUAUGUAUCACGCAAUGUUUGCAUCGCAUCGUUAAUUUAUAGUCCUCGUAUUUAUACUAUGUAUAAGAAGUUACGCCUGUGUUAUAUUCGCGAUUGCGUUGCAGUCCUCUUUCUCCUUCUUCUCUUCUGUUUUUUCUUCUUAUUCCCCUUACCGCGCGAUGAGUUGCGCAUACAUGGUGGACACUUUAU